AAUACCGGCCAUGGUUGAUCACUUACGUGAUAAUUUCAGCGUGUUUGAAAGUGCUGCCAUCAUGCUCUAUCUAGGCAAACAUUAUGGCCCAGAAGGCAAACUGUUACCCAAGGAUCCAAUCUGCGUGGGGAGACUAUCCAAUGGAUACGCAUAUCAAAAUGUCUUUUGCAUUACUGGUUUGGGUCCAAUGCUAGGUCAAGCAUACCAUACUCCAGAGGAGAUUUCAUACAACAUUCGUCGAUACUAUAAGAAAACUCAGACUGUUUGGUGUGCUUGA